UUGUUAUACUCUGUCAUGACAGUGAAGAUGGUAUUGCCAUCGAAACUACUGCUCCAGCUCUUGGAGAGCCCAUGGACCUGAUGACAGCUCUUCAACUUGUGAUGAAGAAAUCACUUGCCCAUGAUGGGCUUGUUCGUGGGCUCCAUGAAGCUGCCAAGGCAAUUGAAAAGCAUGCGGCACAACUUUGUAUUCUGGCUGAGGACUGCAACCAGCCUGACUAUGUCAAGUUGGUCAAAGCACUUUGUGCUGACCACAAUGUGCAUUUAGUAACAGUACCAAGUGCAAAAACUCUUGGCGAGUGGGCUGGGGUAAGUAACUACUUGUUAACAAAGUCUAUGUCUUUUCUUGGCUUUCACGUGUAGCAGAUUAUUCUGAAA